AUGUUCUCGUAUGAGGAAGCGAUUAAACAAUUUAAUAAAACUAUUCAGUACGAAGACAAUAGAUAUCACGUUAAAUGGCCUUGGGCCGAAUAUCCUCCUAAUUUACCUAAUAAUUUAGGCUUAGCUUAUGUUCGUCUAAGUAAUUUAUUGAAACGUUUAGAUAAUUUAACUAUAAAGUCAUAUGAUAAAGUCAUUCAAGAACAAUUACAGAAUGGUGUAAUAGAGAUAGUCAAAAACGCUUCCUUUUCACUGAGUCAUCCUGUGCACUAUCUACCACAUCAUUGUGUUUAUAAUCGAGAUAAACCCAAUAAGCUUCGUAUUGUAUAUGAUGCGUCAGCCAAAACAAUAGGAAAUCAAAGUUUGAACGAAUGCUUAUAUAAAGGUCCCUUAAUGCUAGAAGAUCUUACUGCGCUAUUGAUUAAAUUUAGAGAACAUGCGAUUGGCAUUAUAGCAGACGUUGAAAAAGCAUUUUUACAAUUAGGUCUUCAAGAACCAGAUAAAGACGUGACGCGCUUUCUUUGGCUGAAAAUAUCAAUGAUUCAGUUAACAAAGAAAAUAUAU